GAAAGCUUCAGAUCAUACAUUUUAAUAUUCUGUCCCUACUAGAGGCCAUCCCACCUUUGUUCCUUUUUAAUUUCCUGCUGUCAAUAAUUUUGAUAUGGAAAAUCAUUCAAUAAUGUGAAAUAGGAUUUAUACUAGUGCAUUUGAUAGUGCAGGAACAGAAUCCUGACAUGUAUUGUAAUAUUAGGUCUUAAAAGAAUAUGCAGCUUCUGUUCAGUUUCUUGAGAAAUUAAUUGUAACCAGUGUGACUGAUCACCUUCUCUUGUAUUCUCUGCUUUAUGUCCACUAAAUUAUUUAUUUUGGCCAUUCUUAUUCUUUCAUCAUGUGUAUAAGGACACAUUUAAUUUUAAUUUUUUUAGUAGUGUUUUCUUUUUGGUCCAUUGUAUUUGUUUGAUUUUACAUUUGGUUCGAUAUUGUGAGCACAAAUAUUUUGUAAGAAUUCCUGCUUUUCUCAUAUCAGCUGAGGUCUUGGUCUUUGGUUUAAGGCUUCAGUUCACUCACAUGAACCUUGUGGGUCACAGACUGUCCAUAGCCACAAGUCCCUUUUAUUCUGUGUGAGGUUUGAAGUAAUCUUUGGUGCUUGUCUUAUCUUGACCUGCUUAUGUGUCUAUCAUAUGGAUCAGAACCCAUGUACCUGAGAGAUAAGAUGUCUGUUGUUGCGUGAAAAGAAAAUCUCCUAAUGAUGGGCUGUUUUAAGGGGUCAGAUUCUGAAACACAGAAACAGAAAAGGGCAAGCCGUGAACUGGAAGAGAAAAUCAAGGCAUGGAACAAGGAUUACAAGAAGGCAAUCAAGUUGCUGCUUCUAGGAACGGGUGAAUCAGGCAAAACAACAAUUAUAAAACAAAUGAAGAUUCUGCACAUUAGCGGAUUUUCAGAAGCAGAACGACAAGAGAAGGUGGUGGAGAUACGUCAGAAUAUCCAUGAGUCUAUUUAUGAUCUGGUGACUAAUAUGUCUACAUUAAGACCUCUGGUUUCUCUUGCUGAAGAUGCAAGCAAGAUUAGUGCAGAUUAUAUUCGCAGUCUAGGACCAGAAGAACCUUCAUCAUAUACCCAGGAAUAUUAUGACCAUGUGCAAACUCUUUGGAAUGAUAAGGGUAUUAAGGAAUGCUACCGAAGAUCUAAUGAGUUCCAACUUAUUGACAGUGCAAAAUAUUUUCUAGAGAGAAUAAUGGAGGUUAGGAAUCCAAAUUAUAGACCAUCUGAUCAGGACAUUCUGUACAGUCGUAAGAGAACAACUGGAAUUCAGAAGAUUGAGUUUGAGAUGAAAGUGCCAAAGAAGUAUGGUGGGGGUUCCAUGGGUUUCUGGAUGUUUGAUGUUGGGGGUCAGAGGGGUGAGAGGCGUAAAUGGUUGCCGCUGUUUGAGGGCAUCAAUGCUAUCCUCUUCCUAGUCGCAUCAAGCGACUAUGACCAAACUCUGAGAGAAGAGACAAGUGUCAACAGGUUACGUGAGGCUGUGAGUCUUUUUGAUGAUGUCUGGCAGAGCAGGUUCUUACUUGGUGCUGGUAUGAUUGUAUUUCUGAACAAGCAAGAUACACUUAAAGAGAAAGUUGAGAGUGGUAAAAGCAUUGCUAAAUACUUCCCUGAGUAUAGCAGAUACGAAAUGAACAGCAAAGAUGGAAACAGCUGUGAUGAGUAUAUAAAGACACGGUGCUUCAUUCGGGAGCUCUUUUAUGAUGUAAUGAAAAAGAAGCAGAGUCCAGAUGACCGCAAGUCUAGCAUAUUACCUGGACUUACAGUUACGCUUGCAGAUACAGAAAACAGGCAGUGCUACUUCCACUUUACUGUUGCUACAGACACAGGAAACAUAAAAACUGUGUUUGAAGAUGUGCACACUAUGGUCCUAAUGAGUGUUCUCAAUGAGUUUGGUCUCCAGUAACACACAUAAUAUUUCUCUUAACUUUGUUAAGUUAAUUAUUAUGUUAUGCUAGCUUCACAUUUGAAGUAUUUGCCGUUUGUCACAUUAAAUGUUGCUGAGUACUACUACAUUUGAUGUGGCUGCCAAAGACAAGGUAUUUGCAUUAAAAGAGUGUAAAUAAUAUACUGCAUUUCUGAAUGUGUUCUCCAGAAUUUUAACUGUCCUCCAAAAGGAAACAGGACAAAGUGUGAAAGUGAUAAAUUAAUGUCCCAUAUUUAAAAUUAUUCUAUGCUGCUUAAAUUCCUUGUAUCUUGACACUUUCAAAACAGUAAUGCACUUUUUUCUUUACAAUACUUGUACCUGCAUAUCUGAAUAAUUACCAAUAGGGUAUGUUUCAUAAGAAAUCAUUAUAUUAUUGUUUCUAGGAUGUACUGGUACACUGAACAUUUGUAUGAAAAUAGAAGCAUGUGCAGAGAGAAUAAAAUAGUUUGAAGCCAUGGAUAAUAAAUCUGAAUUUUAUUUA